GUGCAAUUCCGUCCUGUGUGGCUAUUCUUUGGAGCAGUAGUCGUGUAUCUCCGUCCACCUUCUCUCCUACCUAAGUGCGUGCCACCACCCCAUGGAAGAUUCGAUGGACAUGGACAUGAGCUCCCUGAGGCCCCAGAACUAUCUUUUCGGUUGUGAACUAAAGGCCGACAAAGAUUAUCACUUUAAGGUGGAUAAUGAUGAAAAUGAGCACCAGUUAUCUUUAAGAACAGUCAGUUUAGGGGCUGGUGCAAAGGAUGAAUCGCACAUUGUUGAAGCAGAGGCAAUGAAUUACGAAGGCAGUCCAAUUAAAGUAACACUGGCAACUUUGAAAAUGUCUGUACAGCCAACGGUUUCCCUUGGGGGCUUUGAAAUAACACCACCCGUGGUCUUACAGUUGAAGUGUGGACCAGGGCCUGUGCAUAUUAGUGGGCAGCACUUAGUAGCUGUGGAAGAAGAUGCAGAGUCAGAAGAUGAAGAGGAGGAGGAUGUGAAACUCUUAAGUAUAUCUGGAAAGCGAUCCGCCCCUGGAGGUGGUAGCAAAGUUCCACAGAAAAAAGUAAAACUUGCUGUUGAUGAAGAUGAUGAUGAUGAUGAUGAUGAGUUUGACGAUGAGGAUACUGAAGAAAAAGCUCCAGUAAAGAAAUCUGGUCAAGAAUCCUUCAAAAAACAGGAAAAAACUCCUAAAGCACCAAAAGGACCUAGUUCUGUAGAAGACAUUAAGGCAAAAAUGCAAGCAAGUAUAGAAAAGGGUGGUUCUCUUCCCAAAGUGGAAGCAAAGUUCAUCAAUUAUGUGAAGAAUUGCUUUCGGAUGACUGACCAGGAGGCUAUUCAAGAUCUCUGGCAGUGGAGGAAGUCCCUUUAA